GUGUAAUGUAAUGGACUUGUUUAGGCAAAGUUAGGGAAAUCGAGCCUCGUUCUGGUUAUUUUUGGCAGGCGCCUCCCUCCAUCGGUCGCAGAGCAACCACCGCUCGCCCAGUAGAACACUUCAUCUCGACGCUUCCUCGGGGAGAAACCGCUAUGCACAUGUAAUUAUGUACACUGGGAAGCCUCUGUUUCUUUCGCUUUCUCCUGCAUCGUUUUAGCAUCUGUUCUGACUUCUUAGGCCUGAAUGUGAACCUCCAGACUUGAUUCUGUAUAUUAAACCUUCUGGAGUGAAUUGUCAAGUUAAUGUCUGGAAGAGGGCAUAUUCCACAAGCUUUAGAGGGAGGUGUUGUACAGGCUCGUGGUUUGAUGCAACGUGGUCCAUUUCCUCCUGGUCAUCGACCAUCAGACAGAGUUGCUGCUCCAGAUCUUUUAGAGAAUAAGAUUGCUUCUCAGGCAGCUGAAAUUGAACAGCUUGUAGAGGAUAAUCGUAGAUUGGCUGCUAUGCACAUAGCCUUGAGGCAGGACCUUGUUGCUGCACAGAAAGAAGUUGAAAGACUCAAGGCACACAUAAGGAGCAUCCAUACUGAAAGUGAUAUCCAGAUUAGGGUUUUAUUGGAUAAGACUGCAAAAUUGGAAUCAGAAAUAAGGGCUGGUGAGAAUGUAAAGGAGGACCUGAAACAGGCCCAUAUACAGGCUCAGAGCCUGGUCAAAUCAGGACAAGAGCUGACUACUGAAAUCCAGAAGGCAUCACAGGAAUUGCAGAAAGUUCGUGCUGAUGUUAAGAGUCUACCAGAUUUGCAUACUGAGCUUGACAGUUUAAGGCAUGAAUACAAGAGGUUGCGGGCUACAUUUGAGUACGAGAGAGGUGAAAACAUAGAAAAGGUGGCUCAACUGCAAGCAACAGAACAGAGGUUAAUUGGGAUGGCAAGAGAAGUGGAAAAGUUGCAUGCUGAGGUCUUGAAUGCUGAAAAGAAAGCACUUGCACCAAACACCUAUGGUAGUGCCUUCGGGACACAUGACCCUUCGUACCCGACCUCUGUACAUGGCAGUGGUGUCUAUGUUGAUGCAUAUGGAAGGCCUCUUAUUCAGAUGAGUGUUGGACCAGCAGUAGAUGAUCCAGCAGUCACGGGUGCAAUUGUUGAUACAGUGGUUUCUAGUGCUGGUGGUGUUGCUCUAUGGGGACGGCCUUAUGAUCCACCAUUUUCUCAGAAAUGAGCAUCAAAUUGCUAUAGUGCGUCUUUUGCUGAAUUGUUUGUUGGUAAAUUUUGAUGAAAGCUUUGAUCGGAGGCUGUUCGUAGGCUUCCAUGAUCAUGUGGGGCUGUAUUUGAUGGUGGCUGGUUGGGUGGAAAUAUCGGUGGCAACAACGGACUGAAUGAUUCUGGUUAGGGAAAGGUAGAGUGGCUUUUCUACUUAUCUAUUUCUAUUUAUAUUGACUUUCUUUAAAGCUUUCAUUAAUGCUUUCCAUUUCUAAGAUGUAUUUUUUUGGUGCUGAUGUUUUUGUAUAUUAUUAGUUUUUCGGGGGCUGUAAGGAUAUUUUUUUAUUGUAAUAAAAUUUUAAUAGUUAAAAGUAUUUAAUACAA